UUUUCUUCAUCAAAAAAGCACAAACUUUUUAAUGGGUUAAAUUACGCGAAUUUCAUUCCGAUUUAUUUCGAUACAAAAUUUCCGUCACUUGCUUGCUUCGGUAGUUGGCCAUUCCUUUAUUCCAUCAUUCGUUAGUAUAGAAAGUGCAAGUUGCUCGAACGCACUUUUCAAUUUCUAAGAAAUAAAUAAGUUUGUAUAAUAGUUUGUAUGUAAAUCGAUAUACACAACAAAACCGAAUUUAAUAGUGAAUAGUAUUUGUCCGCGCUCUCCAUUGGCCUACGGGAAGGAAUAUUAUGAGCAUUAUUGAUUUUGAACUUGAAGAAUUCCGUAAACUCUGCGAAAAUGUCGUGCCCAACUCAAAAAUAAUUGCUUGCACUACUGACAAUCCGUUCGUGCGCGUAGAGAUCUGUGAGAACAAAUUCAAUCGCAAUAUUGUUUGUUGUCUUCGGUUUCCGGAUUUGUAUCCCCAGCAACCUGUGCUGGUAGAAUUAAAAAGCCGUACACUAUCAGAUAAGUUUUUACAAGGACUUUCCAAACUUUGCGAAACGAAGGCGCGCGAACAUCUUGGAAAGCCCCAAUGUGUGUUGGUGCUGAAGUUUUUGCAGCAAUAUUUGGUUGAGAAUCCACUUUGUGUCUGUUUUGACGAAAUACAACAGCUGCGGCGCGACUUACAAUCCGAAGAAACUGAUGGCGAACAAUUGAAGCUGAAGCAGAAAAUCCAAACUGUUCAAUUUUGUGCAAGAGGAGGUGCCUAUUUUUAUCGUCUACGUGCUGUCAUACCGGAUGAUUAUCCACAGCAAUGCGUCGAUUUGCAGAAUGCCGAAACGAAUUUGCCGGCUGUACUCCUGCGUUACUUGAAUGGUCAGUCGCGCGAAAUUGCACGACAAUGUGUACAAGAGCCUUUACGUGUAACGAAGGGUAAAAAGCAAACUAACACUACGUUUAAGCCGGUGCCAAGUUUGUAUCGAUCACUAAAAUUUUGCCUUGAGGCAACACGAGAUUUCUAUAAAGAGUUGUGCCCAAUAUGUAGUUCGGGAGUUUUACCACCUGAUCCAGAAAAAUUGGUGGUAGAUGACACUAAAGACGAAUACGUUGAACGAGUAUACUGUGGACACCUCUUUCAUCAAGGUUGCCUAAAACGCUUUCUACGUGAACCACCAUUUCCAAAAGGCGGCAAGUUAUGCCCAGCAAAACGUCGUCAUCCACGUUCGGAUGCAAACAAUUACUUGGGCGGUGGGAUUGGCAAGCAGAUCGCAGAUGUACGUGAACAAUGUUCUAGUGAAACGUGUGGCAUACGUUUAGCACACGAUCGUUGGGUAGUAAAUGUCAAAGUUGCUGAAUCACGCUGGGCCCAGAAGCAGGCACGCGAGCGUGAACUUGAAGAAGUGGUCGAUUUCUUGAAGUGAGCAGCAAUUUAAAAUUUAUAUAAGCAAGUAAAUACUUAAUUUUGACGAUACAAAUAUUUUAUCAGAAUAUUGUCAAAUAUGUUUCUAAUGUAGUUUAAGGUAAAAUUCCAAAUAAAAAGUGUAAAACAUA